AUGGACGAAAUCGUCUUUGCGAACCUGGACCGCUGUCCAUCGUACUCGUCCUUCUUCGGCGCAAUGGGCUGCAUAUCCGCCAUCGUCUUCACAGUCCUCGGCUCCUCCUACGGCACCGCCAAAUCCUCCGCCGCAAUCUUCGCCGCCGGCGUCCUCCGCCCGGACCGCCUCAUGCAAAACACCCUCUGCGCCAUCAUGGCCCAGAUCCUCAGCAUCUACGGCCUCGUCGCCGCCGUCAUCAUCGCGAACCGCCUCGUCGAGAAGCAGGCCCUCCACACGAGCUUCCUGCAGUUCGCCGCGGGGAUCAGCGUCGGCUUGUGCGGGCUCGCGGCGGGGUUCGCGAUUGGGAUUGUCGGUGACGCUGGAGGUGAACUUGUUUCCUCUCCGAUCCCACUUCUUCCCCUUGCUCCCUCCGUUUCCCCUACCCCUUGUAUUGUUUACUCUGCGCUGUCGAUGAUACCUACGGCCUUCGGUCCAGGGACAAAGAGGCAUAAGAAAAGACCACAGUAAACUGACAUCCACCCACAGUCAGAGCGACGAACCAACAACCGCGUCUAUACACAGGCAUGGUCCUAAUCCUCAUCUUCGCAGAGGUCCUAGGCCUCUACGGCCUCAUCGUCUCCAUCCUCCUGCUCUCGACUUCGCAAACGCAAGUCACCGACUGCUCAGGCUCCUGAAAAGCCC